GUUCGAUUGCAAAAUCCUUAGAUCUUGCCUUUCUUUCCAUCUCAUAUCUUUGAAUGAUUGAUCUUAGGAAGAUCAAAUCUAAUUAAUUUACUUAGUUUUACAUAUAAAAGAAUCUGAUGAUGUCUUUAAAACUUAUGUGUUAAGAUGUAGAUAUUAAAUUAAGUAUUACAGUUCGUACCUGCAAUCUCCCAACUUUACUAACAAUACUACACCAACUACUCAACACUCUUCUCUUCCCCUUCCCAGAUGCAAUGGCCUGCAAAAUUUUCACCUUCUUGCUUCUAUCAAUCGCGUUUACGCGAUUUUUAACUCCUGCAACCAGCCAAUGGCUCGCAAGAUUACUCGGAAAUCAGGGAGAAUGGGAGUUUCUGCGCACCAGUAUCGGCAUAUCAGCCAUGCACAUGCAACUUUUAAGUAACAACAAAGUAGUCAUUUUUGACAGAACUGAUUUCGGUUCUUCUAAUCUCUCGCUUUCUGAUGGCCGGUGUAGGAUUGAUCCGUCUGACAGCAUCCUCAGAACAGACUGCUCUGCUCACUCGGUCAUGUACGACACUCAAACCAACACAAUUAGGCCCUUGAUGGUGCAGACUGAUACAUGGUGCUCAUCCGGAGCUGUUCUCCCCAAUGGUACCCUGAUUCAGACAGGUGGAUUUAACGACGGUGAUCAUGUUCUUCGUAAGAUUGUGCCCUGUGAAGACGAUGAGGGAUGCGAUUGGACUGAAGUUCCUGGAUACCUUCUACAUCGCAGAUGGUAUGCUACUAACCAAAUACUUCCUGAUGGGAGAAUUAUUGUUAUUGGUGGGAGAAGACAGUUUAACUACGAAUUUUAUCCUAAACAAUUUCCGAGUCCUAAUAAUUUUCUCAAUUUUCUGAGAGAAACUACCGACGAGAAUGAGAACAAUCUGUACCCCUUUGUCCACCUACUACCUGAUGGAAACUUGUUACUUUUUGCAAACACUAGAGCCAUAGUUUUCAAUUACAUUCAAAACCGUGUCAUUCGAAGCCUCCCCCCAAUCCCUGGAAACGAACCUCGAAACUACCCUAGCUCAGGCUCCUCUGUUCUCCUCCCCUUAGACGAAAACCAACCCCUAGUGAUCGAAAUCAUGGUCUGUGGUGGCGCACCACGUAACGCCUAUCUCAGUGCAGUCCACGGUACAUAUGUCAGAGCAGUUACGACGUGUGGACGGUUAAGAAUCAGUGAUCAGAACCCUGUCUGGGAAAUGGAAACAAUGCCAUUAGGCAGAGUGAUGGGAGACAUGCUAAUUCUCCCAAGCGGCGACAUCUUAAUAAUCAAUGGUGCAGGCUCUGGAGCAGCUGGCUGGGAAAAUGCACGAAACCCUGUCCUCAGACCAGUCCUCUACCAUCCAAAAGAACCGAAAAAUAGCACCCGGUUCUGGGUAAUGAAACCAGCAGACCGGCCAAGAUUAUACCAUUCCACCGCAAUUUUACUCCCAGACACAAAAGUACUAGUUGGAGGAAGCAAUCCUCAUGUAUUCUACAAUUUCAGCGGUGUGCAAUAUCCAACUGAUCUCAGUCUGGAGGCCUUUUCGCCGCCUUAUUUAGCCGAAGGAUACGAUGCAAUAAGGCCUCAAAUUUUGUACACCGACGACAUUAUUGGCUACAAUCAGUCAUUUUCAGUGAUUUUUAAGGUACCCAAGUUCCUGAAACUGGGAAUUGUGAGUGCUAGAAUUAUUGCUCCAUCAUUUACGACACACGCGUUUUCGAUGAGCCAGAGGAUGGUGGUGCUCCGGGAGAUAAACGGGGUGUUACCUGUGGUUAGUUUCGGUGCGUUGAGCAUCAGUGUUUUUGGUCCCUCCACGCCUCAGAUUGCACCGCCUGGGUUUUACAUGUUGUUUGUGGUGCAUGCAGGGAUUCCUAGUAGUGCUGUGUGGGUGAAGGUUCAGUGAGAAAUCAUACAUGUAAAGUUGUAAAAUCAUACAGAGUCGAUCACAACACAUAUUUCGCUGGUGCAUAAUGUUACAUGAUGAUGAGAGCAAUAAAUUUAUCUUAUGAUAUUCACUUGUGCAUAUUUUUUUUCUUUACCAAUAAUUGUGUACAUUAGAACUUAUAA